CCGUUCGAGUGCGCCUGAAGUCCUCUGGGCUGUGUUCCAAAUGACGCACUUCCACACUUAAACUUUGUAUUUUUAGCGCAUAUGUUCGUUCGCAAAUAUUCGGGUGAUUUUAAUCGCAUAUAUUUAUAAAAGCCGGAGACGUAUUUUUGAAAAUAGAGUCAGUACAUUUUACACCAUUGGGUGGCGCUAUUUUCCACCAUCCAUCCAAUAGAGGACGGCGAAGAAGAGUAGGAGGAAGAGGCGGGACUUCAAUGGCAACUGGUCAGAGCUUUUUUGAGAGCAUAAAUGAAGUGGCUCACGCCAUCGCUGGAUGUAAUACCAUAACGCAAGGGAGUAAAAGUUAUUUCAAACUGCUGAGAAAACCGCAGCUUUGACAGCAUGGCCAGCGGCCCAGGAGUGAGGGUGAGCAUCGAGUCCUCCUGUGAGAAGCAGGUACAGGAGGUGGCCCUGGAUGGGACGGAGACGUAUGUGCCGCCACUGUCCAUGUCCCAGAACUUGGCCAAGUUGGCACAAAGGAUCGACUUCAGCCAGGGAUCUGAUUCAGAGGAGGAUGGCACCGAGGGGGAGUCCAGGGAACGCGAAUGGGGCAAGCAGGAACCGGAGGAAGAAGAAGGCACAGUGAAGUUCCAGCCAUCCCUGUGGCCUUGGGACUCGGUGCGAAACAACUUGCGCAGUGCUCUCACAGAGAUGUGUGUCCUCUAUGAUGUUCUUUGUGUGGUGAAGGAGAAGAAAUACAUGGCACUUGACCCGGUGUCUCAGGAUCCGUCUAUGAGCAAGACUCCUCAGGUGAUCCAGUUGAUGAGUAAGAAGAAGUCGUUGGCCACAGCAGCGCAGCUCCUCCUGAAGGGCGCAGAGAGGCUCAACAAGUCCGUCGCCGAGAACCAGGAAAACCGGCGGCAGAGAGACUUCAACUCCGAGCUGCUGCGACUGCGCUCGCAGUGGAAACUACGCAAAGUCGGAGACAAGAUCCUGGGAGAUCUAAGCUACUGGAGCGCAGGUUCUCUGUUUCCUCAUCAUGGCUCAUUUGAGGUGAUAAAGAACACAGACAUCGAUCUGGACAAAAAGAUCCCAGAGGACUACUGCCCCCUUGACGUCCAGAUUCCGAGUGAUCUAGAAGGAUCCGCCUAUAUCAAGGUUUCUAUCCAGAAACAGUCUCCAGACAUCGGUGAUCUCGGAACAGUCAACUUGUUCAAGAAACAAACAAAAAGCAAAGCUGGUUCCCAACCGUGGCACAUGAAGUUGGAGGCGGCUCAGAAUGUUCUUCUCUGUAAGGAGAUCUUUGCACAGCUCUCCAGGGAAGCAGUCCAGAUCAAAUCCCAGAUCCCUCACAUUGUUGUGAAGAAUCAGAUCAUCUCGCAGCCCUUUCCAGGCCUGCAACUGUCUAUCUUGUUGUGUCAUUCGACGGUCGAGAAGAAGAACCAUCGAACGUCUCCAGAGAAGCCCAAACCCGAUGAACAUCUUUACGUUCUUGAGCACAACCUGCAUCAGAUGAUGCGAGAGUUCCACAAGCAGCAGCUGAGUUCCGUGGUGAUGCCGCACCCUGCCACUUCCCCCUUUGGCCACAAACGCAUGCGCCUGGCUGGCCCGCUGGCCUACGACAAAGCCGAGAUCGCCGGCUUGCAGCAGAGGGAGGGGCUCCUGGAGAAGAUCAUCAAGCAGGCCAAGCAUAUCUUCUUACGUAGCCGGACUGCACGGACCAUCGAUAGUAUGGCCAGCCGGAUUGAAGACCCCCAGAUCCAAGCUCACUGGUCCAACAUCAACGACGUAUACGAGUCCAGUGUCAAAGUGCUGAUCACCUCUCAGGGCUACGAGCAGAUAUGCAAGUCCAUCCAGCUGCAGCUCAACAUCGGUGUGGAGCACAUCAGAGUGGUGCACAGAGACGGACGCGUCAUCACUCUGUCACAUCAGGAGCAGGAGCUGCAAGACUUCCUACUUUCCCAGAUGUCCCAGCACCAGGUUCAUGCCGUGCAGCAGCUGGCCAAAGUGAUGGGCUGGCACGUGCUGAGCUUCAGUAACCACGUAGGCCUCGGCCCUGUGGAGAGCAUCGGCAACGCCUCCGCCGUGACGGUGGCCUCCCCUAACGGCGAGUACGCCAUCUCAGUGCGUAACGGUCCAGAGAGCGGCUGCAAAGUUGUGGUCCAGUUCCCCCGUAACCAGACUAAGGAGCUGCCUAAGAGCGAUGUGAUCCAGGAUGCCAAAUGGAGCCACCUCAGGGGGCCGUACAAGGAGGUCCACUGGAGCAAGAUGGAGGGACGGAACUUUGUCUACAAGAUGGAGCUCCUCAUGGCUGCCCUCACCCCCUGCCCUUAAACACAACCCCGCUACAUCUGCAGCCUGGAAAUGGACGACAGAACACAUGAUGUGACGUCAUGUUCCAAAAAUCCAUGCCCCUUUUUAUUCUCGAGGACUUUACAAGACUUCAACAUGCUCACUCGCUCAUGUCGUUACACUUUGUUCGAAAAUAAAGAGCGUAGUCUGCUUGUGCUAGCGUUUUACUGUAACUCCUCCUCCUGCGAUCACAUGAUACAUGUGUAUGUGUGCUGGGAAUAUAUCAAAUCAAUGAGAAGUUGACUGCGACCAGGUCAUUAUUCUUAACAAUCA